CUGAACUCCUCAGGGGAAGCAGACAGCAUUCCGAAAGAAUCGUCCGACACAGAGGAGAUCGAGAGGAAACCUUCUGUCUGUUCCAGGGUGGAGGAAGAUUUUGUCUUCAGAGUGCGUGCUCCAUGUUUCAUAGAGGAACCUCUGCAUCAAGACCUCUCCCAGUUAGCCAUGAUGUGCCUAGAAUAUAACGUUUUCGCUAGUGAGACUUGCUUUGAUGGGAACCCAAGUGCCUGCCGCUUCAUACGGAAGUACCUCUUCCUGCUGGACCUCAAAAGGCUAAAGCGAUGCCUCGCGCUGGUGUACAGUGACGUCCCCAGCAUCUGGGACACUUACGUUGAAGGAUUAAAAGAUCUGGCCCGGUCAGAUCUGGCCGGGGCUUUGGCCAUAGAGAAAGGAGAACUGGUGAACGCUGUGCAGAAACUGAAGGAUAUGGAGCCCUGGGACAGUCCUCUCCUCCUCGCCUAUGUGUCCAGGAUUUACGACAAAUUUGGCGAAUCGGCCGUGCGAUCCUUCCCUAAGUUCUACCCGUCCGUCCUACCGGUGGAUGUUAAGCAUCUUUGCAGGGCGAAUCCGGGGCACUUUUUGGCCUACUUGGACAAUCUCAUCAAGACGAAACCUGAGCAGCAAAGAUUAUCCCUGCUACAGUCUCUUGCUCAACCUGAAUCCUUAAAGCUAGACUGGCUGCAACUGGCAGUUUCCUAUGACGCCCCCCACUCUUCAAGCACUGUUGACAGCACUGGAAACCCC